GGGGGGUCCUACAGACAGUCGAUGACUCUUUAAAACAAAUCUGCGCAGUUUGCGUCAGGUAAUCGUCUUAUACUCGUAUCCCAGUCCAAUUGAUACAUUGAACGUUGUCAGAGCCGGUGCAGUGAAUUAGGAAGAUUGACACUGCUCUGUUGCUUGGAUUAAUCUUGUGAAGUUGAGGUUGGCAAGUGAGAAAACGAAAUCGCAACCAAUCGUGCUUCGUAAACAAACCAUAGACUAGUUCAUUCAGACUGAUCAAAUUAUGGCAGAUGAAGUAGACCGUGACAGAAUUCGCAGACAUCGGGUGGCACUAACCAAAAACAUGGUGGAGCCAAAGGAGGUGUUGGUGUACCUGAACCAGUGGGGGGUGUUCACUAAUACCAUGAAAGAGAGUACAGAGGAACUGGGAAGUAAAAGGGAAAUGGUGAACAAGAUACUUGAUGAUACCCCCAAGAGAGGGAAGCAUGCCGUCCGCAUGUUGUAUGAUGCCUUGUUGAUGACAGACCAAACAGAACUGGCAGACUUAAUGUAUCCAGAACUGAAAGAGGACCGGCUAGCUGAAAAGCUCCAUGUCACGGGAGAGCAGUCUGAGGUGGUACGGUCACAGUCUGCAGCCAGGGCCUUCAGGAGACAAAUGUCCAAUCCUCCAGAAGAGGGCGACUCUGAGGAAGAGGAGCUUCCACCUGAUUUUCCCACUGAGGAGACGGUGAGACCAGAUAUACACAAGGAUCUAAAAGAGGUCACGAGUAGGAGGAUAAAGAACUUUGCAACAAAACCUAACAAGGCCUACACAAACACCUCCUAUCCUCGGGGAAUAGCACUGAUAAUUAACAAUGUGAAAUUUAGUGAUACCAAGCUGUCUGACAGGACAGGAUCAGAUCUAGAUGCACAAAAACUUGAAAAGUUGUUUCAUAAACUUGACUACAACGUCCAGAGCAAGACAGACCUGUCUGCAGCAGCGAUUAGAAGCACUCUUCAAGAAGUUGCAUCCAGACAAGAACACAGAUCACAUCAUUCCUUCAUCUUGGUAAUCCUUAGCCACGGAGCCAAAGGGAAGAUUUAUGGGGAGGAUGGGAAACAUGUUGAAAUUGAAGAGAUUCUCAAACAAUUUAAUGGCAUUAACUGUCCUCUGUUGAUAGACAAACCAAAGCUGUUUUUUAUUCAGGCUUGUCAGGGAGAUAAAAGAGAUGGACCAGGAUCGCAGACAAAAAAAGAGAACGCGGACGGUGAACGUGAUGCAAUAGAAGAAAUAACAACGCAGCUGGAAAACUCUCGGAUCCAGGAAAGACCAGAUGCUGUCAAUGCCUCGGUGCCCACUAUGGCAGACAUAUUACUUGCCAUGGCAACUACUGCAGAUUAUGUAUCUUGGAGAAAUGAUUGCAAGGGGACAUGGUUUAUCCAGGCUUUAGCCUUUGUGAUAAGCAAGUAUGCCCACAGGGACAGCAUGGCAAGCCUCAUGACUAAAGUAAACAAUCUAGUGGCCAAAGCAAAAACCCAUGAUGGUCAAUACAAGCAAGUUUCAGAAUGCCGGUCAUCGCUGAGAAAGGACUUCUACUUCUUUCCUGGACUCAGAAAUCCUCAACAUGCUUACGGUGGGGGGAACCCUGUCAAUCAUCAGACCCAAGGUCAAGGUCAAGAGCAUGCGACCCAAGGUCAGGGUCAUUUCCAAAGUCAAGGUCAUGUGACAGCUGGGGUCAAUACAGCAACUGGAGAGGGCAGCACUGUAGGGAGUAGGUAUAUACUGACGGCACUGCAACCUGGAGGGGAUCCGACAAAUGUUCAAAGUCAGACUGUCCCAGAUGAAAGGUCAAAGUUCAACAACCAAGCUGGUACUGAUGGUUACUAUGGGGGUGAACAGUAUGGUCCUUCAUAUGGCCCUCAAGGAUAUGGCACCAAUCAGCAUGGAUCCUUCCACAACUCCCAGCCAUAUGGACCCUUGUACCCUGCACAGCAGCAAGGCCCCCAAUUCGUUUCCCAACAAUUCGGACCCCAUUUUGGGUCCCAGCAGUACGGCCCUCACGUUCAACCCCCAAGAUAUGGCUACAGUUACAGUACCCCCCAGUAUGGGACCCACUUUGAUGCCCCAAAAUACGGAGGUGACUAUCAACAUGUGGGAUAUUUUGGGAACCCCCCCUCUGGAAACCCCCCUAUUUAUCAUGAGCAGCACAGGUCUACGCCAGACCCUGGGGUACCCCAUGUGGGACCCUCGUUAAGUGGUGGUUAUGUGUCCUCUAUGUAUGGCCCAGCAAGGACAGGGCAUGACAAUCUGGCCCAUCCAGUAGAAGAAACUGAAGCCAAAUAUGUCUUCUCUGGGUGAAUGGAUUGUAUUGUCUUAUUUUGACUUUGGAUAAAUACAGUGUAAAUGUAAGGAAUCAAAAUGGUGAUCCCCCCUCUAUUUAGGAAUAACAAAUCGUGCAUAGCUGUAUAUUUUAUUAUAAAGCAUUACAAUAUUUUUAUUGUAUUAUUAUUAUUAUUAUUAUUAUUAUUAGUCAGGUAUUAUCUCAUCAUCUAUGUCAUUAUAAGAACACUGGCUGCUUGCUAAAUUUGAACAAUUGAAAGUUAAUUUUUAAUAUUACCCAAAAUUAAUAUUUGCACUCAAUUCUGGUUGAUCUAGAUAGGUUAUUGUCAAUUUUAUUUUUACCGUUUUAUUUUUAUUUCUAAUUCUUAUUUUUUUAUGUGAUUAAUGAAUAAAAUAUUGGAAUUAUGGAUGGUGUUUGAACUUCAUGAAUAUAAUUACCAGCAAUUGCCAUAGUAACCAUAUUUAGCUAUGAUAGCAGUCAUAUGGAUAUCAGAUGAAAUAUGCAUAGCCCAAGUACCAGCAGACACGUCAAAUCAUUUCCACCAAACCCGGCCAAAUGCCACCACAUUGUUUCGUGAAGUGCUACAUAUAUAACUUUAAAAAAGAAACCAAUACCACAGGGUUUCGUUUCAUUAUUUUCCAAAACUGUGAUAUUUGAACAGAUGUUUUCUGCUCACUUUCUUUGCUUCACGCACCACUAGUAAGGGGUGGAUCUAUCCUAGUUGAACUUUAUAUAUAGAUGCGUUAUCAGUGUUAUUUAUUUCUCACACAUGUUCAACGAGGUGAUUAUGAUGAACUUAACAUCUUGCAGAUGCCCUUCAUUACGUUUUAGUGAUACUUAAAAAAUAUCUCUCGAUUUUUGUUGAAGAUUAGCAAGCAAGUUUUAAGGUCUACUGAAUGAACAUAGAUGCAUUGUACGGUUCAUUUAAAGAAGUACUAGUACACGUUUCCCUGUAGUUACAGGGUAGCUAAAAUUCCCAUUUGAUUAAAGUUGCAUUACCGGUAUAUUUGUGGCCAAAUGUGUGGUUUAUAUAUGGUUAACUGCUUGAUCUUUGUGCACGUAGAUACAGCUCAUUGGUUUCAUACGGUUAUUAUAUAUAUAUAUAUAUAUAUAUAUAUAUAUAUAUAUAUAUAUAUAUAUAUGCAUUUAUGAGGUCAAAAUACAUUUCAGUCAAAAUAACGAAGAUGUGUAAAUGUAAACUUUAUCUA